AUGUCUUUCUCUAACAACUCGAGCUGGGGACACUUCUUUCUCAAGGGCAAGACCCUGGCCCUUUGUUUUUUUGGCCUCAUCCUGCUCGUACUCUGCCUAGGCUCCUGGGCGGAGCUUCCAGGCAGCUCCAUUCAAAGCACCAUUUUGAAGCGAAGCACCGAAGUCAGUGACACGGCCAUCUGGCAGCCAAAGUCUGGAGUUAAAUGGCAGAUCCAGCUAGUGGAUGCCGUUGAAGAUAUCGCCAAUGCUGACAUUUUCGACAUCGACAUGUUUGACAACACCGCUGAAAAAAUCUCCGAAAUUCACAAGACGGGUGCUAAAGUCAUUUGCUAUUUCUCCGCUGGUACCUACGAGGACUGGAGACCCGAUGUCAAGGAGUUCGCCGAUCCCGACUUUGGCAGUGCACUUGAAGACUGGCCUGGCGAGCGUUGGCUCGAUCUGCACUCAAGCAACGUCCGCAAGAUCAUGCAAGCCCGUCUUGAUCUGGCGAAGCAGAAGGGUUGCGACGGCGUUGACCCUGACAAUAUCGAUGCAUACGGCAACGACAAUGGUCUCGGUCUGACUGAGGCUGAUUCCAUCGAUUAUCUGGAUUUCCUUGCAUCCGAGGCUCACUCUCGCGGGAUGUCGAUUGGACUCAAGAAUGGAGGCGACAUCAUCCCCUCGGUCAUUGAGAAGAUGCAAUGGUCGGUCAACGAACAGUGUGCGCAAUAUGACGAGUGCGAUGUCUAUGCGGCUUUCACGGAUGUCGGCAAGCCCGUCUUUCACAUUGAGUAUGCUGAUGAGAUCGAGGUCAACAAUAAGCUUAAAGUUCGUGAUGUCACGAGCUCACAGAAGUCUGCGGCUUGUGAUGCAAAGAGUGCCGAGAACUUUUCGACUGUCAUCAAGAACAUGCAGUUGGAUGCUUGGGUUGAAUAUUGCUAG